AUGGGCCCAAAGAAAAAGGCCGACGCCCGUGGAGGUGCCCCCAAACCGGGGACGAAGCAAGCCAAAGCGGCCGCCGAGCGAUCAGCGGAGGCCGCAAAGGCCGCAAAGGCCGCAAAGGCGCCUCCUGCGACGGACGAGCCGAAGAAACCCUCCGUCAAGGAAGUCAUUGGCGGUGCAUCAUGGACGGGCAAGUUGCCGGUCAAUAUGCUCUCCGAGCACUGCCAGAAGCAGAAGUGGGAAAAGCCUGAGUAUACGAUGGCAAAAACUCCAGAAGGAUAUAUAUCAUCGGUCAUCUUGAAGCGUGUCGAUCUUAAGACCCGGGAAACGACCGUUCUUCCUCCCAUGAAACCACCUCCGUCCCACAAACAUCUGACGGCGCAAGCUACUGCGCUGGAAGCUCGCCAUUUCGCCGCGGCGUAUGCGUUGUUUCGAGUGUGCAACAUGAAGAACUUACAUAUGAUGCUUCCGCCGGCAUACAAGAAGCUCUGGAAAGAGGAUUUCUCGCAAAUAAAAGCCGCAGACAGUAAAGAAGGCAAAGGCUGGAUGUACGAGGCCGAUCCUUUCCUGGCCAAACAAGAACGAGAGAGUGCCGCGGCAGACCUCGAGAAGAAGCGCAAAGAGCGAGAGAAAACCAAGGCGAAAGAAGCUAACAACAAGACGGUCGAUUUGGGGCUGGGAUCGGGAUCCGGUGGUGAAAAUAAAGGGAAGAGAAUCUGGUCGCAAGCUCCGAAAGUGGACAUGGGAAACAGGGUUCGUCGAGAUAUCGAAGGCUUGUUGCGCCAACAUACUAUCUGGAAUCCCUACAAUGUGCGGAUUCCGGAGAACGAGCGCAAAGCCAUGAUCGACGAGUUCGCGCGUUUAGGAUUCCGACGCAGCCACGUUGAAGAGGCUGCCGCCGCCUGCAAAGACCGCGAAGAAGUCCUCGAGUGGCUUCUGAUCUACGUUCCGGAGGAUGACCUGCCUUCCUGGUGUCUACCAGAGAGGUAUUCUGCCGGCGUGAGUCUCGCGAGCGAUGACCUUGCAAAAGAGGCCAAGAUCAAACGGCUCUCUGCUGUCGGCUACCCUGCCGACCUUUGCUCGCGCAUCCUAGACAGCAAGCAAGGCGACGAGCUUGCGGCCGCAGAGUUUCUACAGGGUACUCUGGUACAUGGGGAGAGUGCCUCUACCGACUCAACAUCCGUCGAGGAUGCUGAGGAUGCCUGGACCGAAGAGCAAGAGACCCUGGAAGCCAUCUUCGGGGAGCGCUACCGUCGCAUCUCACCCAAGGUCUGCGAGAUACAGGGUGAAUCGCCAAGCGCUCUAGAAAACAUCUCAUUUCGCUUCCAGAAACCCUCCGGUCAUUAUCCGUCAGCAGUGCCGAUCAUUUUACUCCAGACCAAAGAUAUCCCGGCUUACAUCCGCCUGAGUGCUAUCCGUCAGGUUGUCCAAUACUCCGAGGAAAACUUCUUGGGUGAACCAAUGAUAUAUGAUAUAUUAGACUGGCUUGAGGUCAACUUCCCUGCAGUCAUGGAUAAUCCAGGCAAACUACGAGACAUUGCCACAAUCACGGCGGCUCCGUCAGUUUCAACGUCUACCGUGGAAAUGCCUGUUCGUCAGUCGCGCAGAAAGGCCACGGAGAUCACAUGGCAAGCAGGGUCACCGCAGAGUCUUUCUAUUCGCGAGGCAUGGGAGGCUAAGCAGUUAACUAAAGCCCAGCAGGAUAUGAUGCAGAAGCGAGAAGCACUUCCUGCGUGGAAUAUUCAGGAUGCCAUUGUCCGGGCCGUCAACAAGAAUCAAGUCACCAUCAUCUCUGGUGAAACAGGAAGUGGUAAGAGUACUCAGUCGGUGCAAUUCGUGUUGGAUGAUAUGAUCCAGCACAACUUGGGUGGAAUUGCGAACAUAAUCUGCACGCAACCACGAAGGAUCUCUGCCCUCGGCCUUGCAGACCGAGUCAGCGACGAGCGAUGCACAUCUGUCGGCGAGGAAGUCGGAUACAUCAUUCGCGGUGACUCCAAGGUCAAGUCCGGCGUCACGAGGGUUACAUUCGUUACCACCGGUGUUUUGCUCCGUCGCAUACAAUCCGGCAGUGGCGCCGAUGGCAAUGUCGCCAGCUCUCUCGCGGACGUCACUCACGUUGUGGUUGAUGAGGUCCACGAGCGGAGUCUUGAUACCGACUUCCUCCUGGCUCUCCUGAGAGACAUUCUCCGUUUCCGCAAGGACAUCAAGGUUAUCCUUAUGAGUGCAACGCUUGACGCCAACAUCUUCAUUAAUUACUUUGGUGGCCGUGACCGUGUUGGUCUGGUGAACAUUCCUGGACGGACAUUCCCUGUGGAUGACUACUAUCUGGACGACAUAGUCCGCGACACUGGGUUUUCGCCGGAGUUUUCUGAACGGGACUUCGACGAGGAUCCAGCCUCGUCACAGGGCGACGAGUCGCUCGGCAAACUUCUUCGCAGUGUCGGCAUGGGAAUUAACUACGAGCUAAUUGCCUCAACGGUUCGUUACAUUGAUGCGAUGCUAGGUGAUCAGCCGGGAGGCGUGUUGAUCUUCUUACCCGGUACUAUGGAAAUUGAACGAUGUCUGAACGCCGUGAGGAGGAUCCCCAAUGCCCAUCCACUGCCCUUGCAUGCAUCUCUCCUGCCAAAUGAGCAACGGCGUGUCUUCCUCAGUCCGCCAAAGGGUAAGCGAAAGGUCAUCGCAGCAACCAACGUCGCCGAAACCUCCAUCACCAUCGAGGAUAUCGUCGCUGUCAUCGAUACUGGCCGCGUCAAGGAAACGAGCUACGAUCCCAAAGACAACAUGGUCCGACUCCAGGAAGUGUGGGCCUCCCAGGCCGCAUGCAAGCAGCGGCGUGGACGUGCCGGUCGUGUCAGGGCUGGAACGUGCUACAAACUCUACACGCGCAAGGCCGAAGCCAGCAUGGCAGCUCGGCCGGACCCUGAAAUCCGCCGCGUGCCACUCGAGCAGCUCUGCCUGUCCGUCAAAUCCAUGCAAGGAGUGGACGACGUCGCCACGUUCUUAGCCAACACCAUCACGCCACCGGAAAGUAUAGCCGUUGAAGGAGCCCUAAGCUUCCUGCACCGUGUGGGUGCACUUGACCACGACCGACUCACAGCCCUCGGACGGUACCUCUCCAUGAUCCCGGCCGAUUUACGAUGCGCCAAACUGAUGGUCUACGGCUCCCUCUUCGCCUGUAUCGAUCCCUGUAUCACCAUCUCCGCUAUCCUCACCGUCAAGAGCCCCUUCGUCUCCCCUCGUGACCGCCGCGAAGAGGCCGAUUCCGCACGAUCCUCCUUCUCCAAGGGCGACGGAGACCUUCUCACCGAUCUAACGGCCUACCAGCAAUGGUCCGAGCGAGUCAAGGCUCAUGGAUACUGGCAGACGCAGUCCUGGUGCGGCGACAACUUCCUCUCGCACCAAACCCUCCGCGACAUCUCGUCCAACAAAGCCCAAUUCCUCACCUCGCUGAAAGAUGCCGGCCUCCUGCCCGUCGAGUACUCGGACUCCUCCAACUCCAGCACCGAUCCCCGCUGGAACCGCAACACCGGGAACCGGGCUCUCCUGCGCGCCUUGGUCGCCGGGGCCUUCCAGCCCCAGAUCGCGCAGAUCUCCUUCCCCGACAAGAAGUUCGCCAGCUCCGUCACCGGAACUGUCGAGAUCGACCCGGACGCCCGCACCAUCAAGUACUUCAACCAGGAGAACGGUCGCGUCUUCAUCCACCCCAGCUCGCUCCUCUUCUCGGCUCAGAGUUACCCCGGCGCGGCCGCAUACCUCAGCUACUUCACCAAGAUGGCUACCAGCAAGGUCUUCAUCCGUGAUUUGACCCGUCAGUUCUCCUCCCCCAAAACCACCCAUUAUCACCAAAAUAAUACCCUACCUACUUACCUUCCAACUAACACAACUGUACAAAUAAUAGCUUUCAACGCCUACUCCCUUCUCCUCUUCUGCGGCUCCAUCUCCCUUGACACAAUGGGCCGAGGUCUCGUCGUCGACGGCUGGCUCCGACUCCGCGGCUGGGCUCGCCUCGGCGUCCUCGUCUCCCGACUCCGCAUGAUGCUAGACGAGAUAAUCGCGUCGAAAAUCGAUAACCCGAAUGAGGGCAAUGGUAACUCCUCGGCCACGGCGAACCAGGUGAUCGAGGUGGUUAAAAGGUUGAUUGAGUUUAAUGGGUUGGAUCAAUGA